AUGUCAGGCGUGAACGAGGCGGAAACAAUCCGCAUUCUCAUCUCGACCGACAAUCAUGUUGGGUAUAACGAGCGAGACCCCAUCCGGGGAGAUGACAGCUGGAAGACCUUCCACGAAAUCAUGUGUAUGGCCAAAGAACAAGAUGUUGACAUGGUGUUGCUCGCCGGUGAUCUUUUCCAUGAGAACAAGCCCUCCAGAAAAUCGAUGUAUCAAGUGAUGCGCUCCAUUCGAAUGAACUGCUUCGGUGAUAAACCAUGUGAACUGGAGAUGCUCAGCGAUGCCAGCGAGAACUUCCAGGGCGCGUUUAACCACGUUAACUAUGAGGAUCUGGAUAUGAAUAUUGCCAUUCCCAUCUUCUCAAUUCACGGAAACCAUGAUGAUCCGUCCGGGGAGGGCCACCUUGCCGCCCUGGACCUCCUCCAGGUAUCUGGCCUUCUCAAUUACUACGGUCGGACCCCAGAGUCUGAUAACAUCGAAAUCAAACCAGUUCUCCUCCAAAAAGGCCGAACCAAGCUCGCGCUCUAUGGAAUGAGUAAUGUUCGGGACGAGCGCCUGUUUCGAACUUUCCGCGAUGGAAAAGUCAAAUUCUUUAAACCUUCAGUCCAGAAAGACGAUUGGUUCAACCUGAUGUCGGUGCAUCAAAACCAUCACGCAUACACUGAGACAGGGUACCUACCGGAGAACUUUCUUCCGGAUUUCAUGGAUAUGGUCAUCUGGGGCCAUGAGCAUGAAUGCUUGAUCCACCCGAAGCAAAACCCCGAAACAAAAUUCCACGUUAUUCAGCCAGGUUCGUCAGUCGCAACAUCCUUGGUACCCGGUGAAGCCGUGACAAAGCAAGUCACCAUUAUGAGCGUCACGGGACGAGAGUUCUCGUGCGAACCCAUUCGGCUCAAAUCAGUCCGACCCUUUGUUAUGCGAGAGAUUGUGCUAUCCGAGGAAAAUGGCGCUCAGAAGCUAGCCCGCAAGGAAGACAAUCGAACCGAAGUCACCCGCUUCCUAAUGUCAAUCAUCGAAGAAUUAAUCGAAGAAGCAAAUGCAGCGUGGCUUGAAAAUCACCCUCAAAAUGACGACGAGGAGGAGGACCAGCCGGAGAUUCCGCUCCCUCUCGUUCGGCUUCGUGUAGAGAUCUCCACCCCGGAGGGCGGAAGCUACGAGUGUGAGAACCCACAACGAUUUUCGAAUCGGUUUGUCGGUAAAGUUGCCAAUGUUAAUGACGUGGUGCAAUUUCACCGCAAGAAAAAGAAUCCAACUGCUUCCCGCAAAGGUGAUGCGGGACUCGACGAGGCGCCGACUUCACACCUAACAGCGCUAGACACAGUCAAAGUCGAGCAAUUAGUCAAGGAAUUUCUUGCAUCUCAAUCACUCAGCAUCCUCCCUCAGAAUACUUUUGGAGAUGCCGUGGCUCAGUUCAUCGACAAGGAUGACAAGCAUGCGAUGGAAAUGUUUGUCAACGACUCACUAGAAAGCCAGGUCAAGCACCUGAUGACUCUCACCCGCAACGAAGAUGAUAUGGACGAGGAGGACCCCGAGCAGAGCUCCUUAGUCACAGCCAUGGAGAAAUAUCGCACCCAAAUGGAAGACUUAUUUUCCAAGGGGGAUGGCUGGGACUCCGAGUUCGACGGUACAUGGGAAGAUCAACCAGGUGCCCUUAUCCAUUCAGAUAAUGAAGGCGGCGACCCGGCCGAAGAAGAGGAUGGGGAGGGUGGCGCAACGCCAGCUGGUGGUCGCGCCUCGGCUACAACCUCUACACGCGGUCGUGGCAGAGGACGUGGUCGCGGGCGUGGUGCAUCUACCACUGCGCGAGGGGCUGCCAAGGCAGCAGCUGCACCCAAAGGACGUAAGAAGCAGGUGGUAUCUGAUGAAGAGUCAGAGGCUGAUAAUGAUGUGAUUAUGCUCGAAGACGACGACGAGGAUGUUGCCGCUGAUGCUAUUUCGGACGACGAUGAUUCCCAGGCGUUGUUCGUCAAACAGCCCCGCGCCACCGCCAGUUCAAGGGGGCGUAAGACGACAUCAUCUACAGCGAAGACUACCACGACCCGAGGUCGUGGGGCUCGAACGGCGGCCUCACCAGCCCCCUCGUCAGUUACCGUCAGUGCUACUGCUACACGCCGAACUGCUGCAAGAACUGCCAAACCCACACAAUCAACACUUGACUUUGGUUCUCAGGCCAGUGCCGCCCGCUCUACACGACCUAAGCGUGCGACGCGUAGCGUCAGCAUCGUUAGUGACGAUGAUGACGACGACGCAUUUGAACCUGUUGAGGCCUCUAGCUCACGACGACGACGUUGA